AUGGUGACUCGAGCGACACAAAUUUCAACACUCGUUGAAGAAAUCGCAAACGAUCCCAAUCUCAAGGAAGAUUUGAAAAUCCUUCCUGCUAACUACACUUUCGAAGUUCCUAAAACUAUAUGGAAAAUUCGAUCCACGAAUAGUAAAUAUGUGGCUCUUCAGUUCCCGGAGGGUCUCAUUAUGUAUGCAUGUGUGAUUGCCGAUCUUCUUGAGAAGUAUACUGGAUGUGAUACAGUUAUCAUGGGAGACGUCACCUAUGGCGCCUGCUGUGUUGAUGACUACACUGCCAAAUCUAUGGGAUGUGAUCUUUUAGUUCAUUACGGGCACAGUUGUUUGGUGCCGAUCCAAAAUACUGAAGGAAUCGGAAUGCUCUACGUGUUUGUGAAUAUCAAUAUCAAUUUGUCUCAUUUGAUUGAUUGUGUUCGAGAUAAUUUCCAAGGAAAACGGUUGGCUGUUGUGAGCACUGUGCAGUUCAUUCCGUCUCUCCAAACUCUGCGAACCACUUUCAAUACAGAUGAUAGUUCUAUCCAAAUCGAUAUUCCACAGUGCAAACCGUUAUCUCCUGGAGAAGUUCUUGGUUGCACAUCACCCCGAUUAGAUGCAUCCAAAUACGACGCGAUCGUUUAUCUAGGCGAUGGAAGAUUUCAUUUAGAAUCUAUUAUGAUUCAUAAUCCAGCGAUUGAAGCUUUUCAAUAUGAUCCAUAUUCUCGAAAGCUAUCUCGAGAAUAUUAUGAUCAUGAUUUGAUGCGAAAAAAUCGACUGGGUGCUGUUGAAAUUGCUAAAAAUUGCCAGACAUUUGGACUGAUUCAAGGAACACUUGGACGUCAAGGCAAUCUGAAAGUAGUGGAAGAGUUAGAAGCACAGUUGACUAGAAAAGGGAAGAAGUUCUUGAGGGUCUUACUUUCGGAAAUUUUCCCCGAAAAACUUGCAAUGUUUCCCGAAAUCGAUUGCUGGGUUCAAGUAGCUUGUCCUCGGUUAUCCAUCGACUGGGGAACGCAGUUUCCUAAACCUUUACUCUAUCCAUUUGAACUGGCUGUAGCUUUGGACAAUAUUUCGGUUCCCCAAGAUCAUUGGCCUAUGGACUAUUACUCCAACGAUUCACUCGGUCCAUGGACUAACAAUAAUGAAGCAAACAGGCCCAAAAGAGAAAAGCGGAGACCUCAUAUUGUGGUCCGAGCAGAAGCAUCGUAG